AUGGCCGCGCCUGGCGAGCCGUGCGCAGGGCUGGGGGUCUGGAACCAGACAGAGCCGGAGCCUGCGGCCCACAGCCCCCUGAGCCUGUGCUUCCUGAGAACAGCGGGGGUCUGGCUGCCCCCCAUGUACCUCUGGGUCCUCGGCCCCAUCUACCUCCUCCACAUCCACCGCCAUGGCAGGGGCUACCUCCGGAUGUCCCCGCUCUUCAAAGUGAAAAUGGUGCUCGGGUUCGCCCUCAUGCUCCUGUGUGCCUUCAACGUGGCCCUCCCGCUUUGGAAAAUCCAACAGGGAACACCCCAGGCCCCAGAAUUCCUUAUUCACCCUACAGUGUGGCUCACCACCACGGGCUUCGCCGUGUUCCUGAUUCACAUGGAGAGGAAGAAGGGAGUCCGGGCUUCCGGGGUGAUGUUUGGGUACUGGCUGCUUUGCUGCCUCUUGCCAGCUACGAGCACCGCCCAGCAGGCCUCCAGAGGGGGCUUCCAGAGCGACCCCCUCGGCCACCUGUCCACCUACCUGUGCUUGUCCCUGGUGGUGGCACAGUUUGUGCUGUCCUGCCUGGUGGACUGGCCCCCCUUCUUCCCUAAAGACGCCCAGCAGCCGAAUCCAUGUCCAAAGGCUGGAGCGUCCUUCCCCUCCAGAGCCAUGUUCUGGUGGAUUUCGGGGCUGCUCUGGAGGGGCUACCGGAAGCCGCUGGGACCAAAGGACUUCUGGUCACUCGAGCAAGGAAACUCCUCUGAAGAGCUGGUCUCCCGGCUGGAGCAGGAAUGGAGGAGGAGCCGCCGCGUGGCCCAGAGGCGCACCAAGGUGUCCAAGAGCAAGGGACGCCGCGGCGCGGAGGCCGCAGAGACGGAGGCUGCGGAGAAGGAGGCCGCAGAGACGGAGGCCGCAGAGACGGAGGCCGCAGAGACGGAGGCUGCGGAGAAGGAGGCCCUCCUGCAGCAGGGGGGGAGCCCUCGGGGACCGCUGCUCAGGGCCAUCUGCCGGGUGUUCCGUUCCACCUUCCUGCUGGGGACCCUCAGCCUGGUCAUCAGUGACGCCUUCAGGUUCUCUGUCCCCAAGCUCCUCAGCCUGUUCCUGGAGUUCAUGGACAGCCCCGAGGCCCCCGCCUGGAAGGGGCCGCUCCUGGCCACCCUGAUGUUCCUCGCAGCCUGCCUGCAGACGCUGUUCGAGCAGCACUUCAUGUACAGGGUGAAGGUGCUGCAGAUGAGGCUGCGCACCGCCAUCACCGGCCUGGUGUACCGGAAGGUCCUGGCCCUGUCCAGCAGCGCCAGAAAGGCCAGCGCCGUGGGGGACGUGGUCAACCUGCUGUCUGUGGACGUGCCGCGGCUCACGGAGAGCGUCCUCUACCUCAACAGCUCCUGGCUGCUGCUGCUCUGGAUCUGCCUCUGCUUCACCUACCUGUGGCAGCUUCUAGGACCCUCAGCCCUCACGGCCAUCGCUGUCUUCCUGGGCCUCCUCCCUCUGAAUUUCUUCAUCACUAAGAAGAAGGGCCACUAUCAGGAGGAGCAGAUGCGCCAGAAGGACUCCCGGGCGCGGCUCACCAGCUCCGUCCUCAGGACCAUGGGGACCAUCAAGGCCCACGGCUGGGAGGAGGCCUUCCUGGAGAGGAUCCUGCGCAUCCGGGGCCAGGAGCUGGGCGCCCUGAGGACGUCCACCCUUCUCUUCUCCGUGUCCCUGGUGUCCUUCCAAGUGUCCACGUUUCUGGUUGCCCUGGUGGUGUUUGCGGUGCACACUCUGGUGGCCGAGGAGAACGCCAUGGACGCGGAGAAGGCCUUCGUGACCCUGACCGUACUGGGCAUCCUCAACAAAGCCCAGGCCUUCCUGCCCUUCUCCGUCCAUUUACUUGUCCAGGCCUGGGUGUCCUUCAACCGUCUGGCUGCCUUCCUGAGCUUGGAGGAAGUUGACCCCAGUGCGGAGGACGUGAAGGCCGCCAGCCUGGCUGCCGGGAAGGACUGCGUGGCCAUCCACAACGGCACCUUCGCCUGGUCCCGGGAAGGGCCUCCCUGCCUGCACAGGAUCAGCCUCACCGUGCCCCAGGGGUGUCUCCUGGCUGUCGUGGGUCCCGUGGGGUCAGGGAAGUCCUCCUUGCUGUCCGCCCUCCUCGGGGAGCUGUCAACGGUGGAGGGGUCCGUGAGCAUCAAGGGCCCUGUGGCGUACGUGCCCCAGGAGGCCUGGGUCCAGAACAGCUCCGUGGUGGAGAACGUGUGCUUCAGGCGGCCGCUGGACCUGCCCUGGCUGGACACGGUGCUGGAGGCCUGCGCCCUGCGGCCGGACGUGGACAGCUUCCCGGCGGGCGUCCACACCCGCAUCGGAGAGCAGGGCAUGAAUCUCUCCGGGGGCCAGAAGCAGCGGCUGAGCCUGGCCCGGGCCGUGUACAGAAAGGCUGCCGUGUACCUGCUGGACGACCCCCUGGCAGCCCUGGAUGCCCAUGUCGGCCAGCACGUCUUCACCCAGGUCAUCGGGCCUGGCGGGCUUCUCCAGGGGACAACGCGGAUCCUCGUGACCCACACGCACCACGUGCUGCCCCAGGCCGACUGCAUCGUGGUGCUGGCCGAGGGGGCCAUUGCGGAGAUGGGCACCUACCAGGAGCUUCUGCGGAGGAAGGGGGCCCUGGUGGCCCUCCUGGAGGCAGCCAGACCGCGAGCAGGCGGAGCCCAAGGAGGAACGGAACCUGUGGCCAGUGCUGGUGACCCUGGUGGCUCCCCUGGAGGCAGGAGACCUGAGCACGGACCAGAGGGGUCCGUCAGGUCGACCCCUGGAGGGGACGCCACCACUUCCGAAGGCCAGAUGGCAGUUCUCCAAGACGACCCGGAGAGGGCAGGGUGGCCGGCAGCUGAGGACAGCAUGCCGCAUGGCCGGGUGAAGGCCGCCAUGUACCUGACCUACCUGCGGGCCGUGGGCACCCCGCUCUGCGCCUACACGCUCUUCCUCUUCCUGUGCCAGCAGACGGCCUCCUUCUGCCAGGGCUACUGGCUGAGCCUGUGGGCGGACGACCCCAUCGAGGCCGGGCGGCAGGAGCACACGGCCCUGCGGGGCGGGGUCUUCGCGCUUCUCGGCUGCCUCCAAGCCAUCGGGCUGUUGGCCUCCACGGCCGCCGUGGUCCUGGGCGGCGUCCGGGCGUCCCGCCUGCUCUUCCGGGGGCUCCUGUGGGACGUGGCCCGGUCACCCAUCGGCUUCUUUGAGCGGACGCCCGUCGGGAACCUGCUGAACCGCUUCUCCAAGGAGACGGACACCGUGGACGUGGACAUCCCCGACAAGGCCCGGUCCCUGCUGAUCUCUGCCUUCGGGCUCCUGGAGGCGGGCCUGGCGGUGUCCACGGCCACGCCCCUGGCCCUGGUGGCCAUCCUGCCGCUGCUGGUCCUGUACGCGGGGCUCCAGAGCCUGUAUGUGGCCACCUCAUGCCAGCUGAGACGACUCGAUUCAGCCAGCUACUCCUCUGUGUGUUCCCACGUGGCCGAGACAUUCCAGGGCAGCGCGGUGGUGAGGGCCUUCCGCGCCCAGGGCCUCUUUGUGGCUCAGAGUGACGCCCUCAUGGACGAAAACCAGAGGGUCAGUUUCCCGCGACUGGUGGUCGACAGGUGGCUGGCGGCCAACAUGGAGCUCCUGGGCAACGGGCUGGUGUUGGUGGCCGCCAUGUGCGCGGCGCUGAGCAAGGCCCACCUCAGCGCCGGCAUCGUGGGCUUCUCUGUCUCAGCUGCCCUCCAGGUGACCCAGACUCUGCAGUGGGUGGUUCGCAACUGGACAGACCUGGAGAACAGCAUCGUGUCCGUGGAGCGCAUGCGGGACUACGCCCGCACAGCCAAGGAGGCUCCCUGGAGGCUGCCCUCCUGCGCAGGCCGGCCUCCCUGGCCUCGCGGGGGACAGAUCGAGUUCCGGAACUUUGGUCUGAGACACCGACCCGAGCUCCCGCUGGCUGUGCAGGGCGUGUCCUUCAAGAUCCACGCGGGAGAGAAGGUGGGCAUCGUGGGCAGGACGGGCGCCGGGAAGUCCUCGCUGGCGGGGGGCCUGCUGCGGCUCCAGGAGGCCGCUGAGGGCGGGGUCUGGAUCGACGGGGUCCCCAUCGCCCACGUGGGGCUGCACGCGCUGCGGUCCAGGAUCACCAUCAUCCCCCAGGACCCCGUCCUGUUCCGCGGCUCCCUGCGGAUGAACCUGGACCUGCGGCAGGAGCACACGGACGAAGCCAUCUGGGCGGCCUUGGAGACGGUGCAGCUCAGGGCCUUCGUGGCCAGCCUGCCCGGCCAGCUGCAGUACCAAUGUGCCCACCAAGGAGACAACCUGAGCGUGGGCCAGAAGCAGCUCCUGUGCCUGGCACGUGCCCUUCUCCGGAAAACCCAGAUCCUCAUCCUGGAUGAGGCCACGGCCGCGGUGGACCCGGGGACGGAGCUGCAGAUGCAGGCGGCCCUCGGGGGCUGGUUUGCCCGAUGCACCGUCCUGCUCAUCGCCCACCGCCUGCGCUCGGUGAUGGACUGUGCCAGGGUGCUGGUCAUGGACAAGGGCCAGGUGGCAGAGAGCGGCAGCCCAGCCCAGCUGCUGGCCCACAAGGGCCUAUUCUACAGGCUCGCCCAGGAGUCCGGCCUGGUCUGAGCCAGACCCCUCAACUGUCCCCUGGCCAUCGUCAGUGGCUCCCCAUGGUGGCAAGUCUAGACUGCUACAGAGGGAAAAUGGCAGAGAAGGUGCCAAUUGUCACGGACUAUGAGACCCACGUGGACCCCCCAAGCUCCAGGGCAGUCCAGGCAAGGUCCACUCCGCCCGGCCCACCCUGGGGUCAGAGGGCAGUGCCCCUCAGCCCUGGCUGGCCGCCAGACUCACUGGGAGCUCACGGACAGCCCCGCGCUCAGGCCCAACCCACAUGGAUUAAGCCAGACUCCCUGGGGCUGGGGCUGGGGUGCGUGCAACUUCUCCCAAAUGAACUGUAUUUUGAGAUGAUUCUAAUCUAACCGGCCACUUUAAGAAGGAAUAUGGAGAGAUCA